AUGAAGUCCACGAUUAUUCUCUCCAUCCUGCUUGGCUUCGGUCUCGCAAUGCCGACUGCAGAGAAAAGGAAAGACUGCGGCACCUUGACCUGCAAGGAGAGAAACGAGGUCAUAAACCAGCUGAAUUCUUCUAUGAAGGAGGCAUACGAGACUGGCUCGAAAUCCAAAGACGCUGAUGACAGAUUAGCGAAACAGUUUUCCCUCUCCGCGUUUAGGGCCGUAUUGGCGACGAAUUAUGAUUGCGCCAAGGAAGUUACUGAGAAUGGGAAGCCGUGUCAAGAUGUUCCUAAGCCUGUUGAGGUUGCGGAUAUUUUCGGGAAGUACAUCUUCGGCUCCAGCGCCCAAGAAGCACUUAUAGAGUUGCCUCAGGGCCAGCUGUACCUCGUCCGGCCGCUCUCGCCCAAGGGCUAUUCCGAACUUAUUUUCAAGGAUUCCGCCAUUCGUAUUCGUCGAACCAACCAAGAUUUCCACUACCAACUCGUUGUCCAACGUGUGUUUGAGGAAGGCGAGGCCGAACUCAUUGCGGACGAGGAAGGCGAAGACGCUGAAAUUGAUGCUCUUGCCACCGAACGCGACGAGAAGACAUUCUUAUUAGACGAGGCCCUUCGAUUCCGCGUCGAAAUAAGAGAGAGUGGCGAAACUGUCUUUGCUUGGAGAGACUUGAGCGGUGACAACGGCGAUCUCUACGAAUUUGUCUGCGAUAGUCAAGUCUCAACCUCCCAAGUUGAACAGUUUGUUCAAGUUGCUAAGCAGUGCCAAUACGAACGCAAAUACCGCAAGCCAUUUACUACCGCAUCCGACGAGGAUUAUCAGCAGUUUGAGUUCCACGACGAAAACCCCAUCCCACCCGCCAGCCCGCUUCACAGUCCUGUACUUGCACGCUCGAUUGAGUCGAUCGACGACAUGUACGCCAAGAACACAGUUGCCAACACCGGUGCCAAGAGAGGGCCUGCGGCUGCUGCGAAGGAGCCGGAGCCAGAGCCAGAAGCAAAAGGGAGCGGUCCUUCAAACGCACCAGUACCUGAUUCUGCACCAGAACCACUAGAGAUCUAUGCUGCACUCCCAGCUGAGUUGCACCUUUUCGACCCUCAGCCGGGCCACUUUGUGCUCAUAGAUGAUUCCGUCGUUGCGACCGUCUCAGAGGUUGGCCAAUGGCAAUACUGGCUGCAAAUUGAGAACCAAGAAAAGUCUUGGGUUGGUGCCUCAGUUGUACCCGAGUUCAAUCCGGUAUUCGAUUUUGAAUAUCUCUCCUUCGUUUUCAAUCAUUUCAGUAAAGACGGCACAGCCAGAUCCUGGCUUCUUCGAUUCAAGGACCAGCCUACGCUGGAAAAGUUCCAAGAAGCGGUCAUGCAGGCUAUUUGGGAGAGACUCAACGAAACCAAAUGGGCCAAGGCGCAGGAAAAGGAACGUGAAUACGUGCUCGACGCCUUUGGUGAUCUAAACAUGGAGGAUGCUCCACCUCUGGAAGAAGAGGAGGAGCAGGAGGAGGAAGAGCAUGACGAAGAGGAAGAUGCUGGUGUCCGAAGCGACGACUACGACUCCGAAGAGGACGAGGAGGCAGCCGCAGAAAAGGCCAGCGGAGAUAUCAACUCACAAUUGGCUGUUGGCUACAAGCACGACCGCUCUUUUGUCGUUCGCGGGUCCAAGAUUGGUGUCUUUUCUCAUACGGCCGACAACAGGCUCAAGUUCAACACCAAUAUUUCCAAGGUUACCACUCCUGGUGGUAAACUCAUGAGCCCCAAGAAGGUCAUGUUGCACAGUGAAGAUCGCGAUCUUAUCAUGCAGAAUGGUGUUGAUCCCAACAAACUGUAUCGCAUGGAUAUCGAGUACGGCAAGGUCGUUGACGAGUGGAACGUCCACGAUGACAUCCCCGUCGUCACAUUUGCUCCAGAGAACAAGUUCGCACAGAUGACUGGGGAGCAGACGUUCCUCGGUGUCUCCAACAAUGCGCUGUACCGCAUCGACCCUCGUUUGACUGGUAAUAAGCUGGUGGACACUGAUAUGAAGCAGUAUGCCUCCAAGAACGACUUCUCAGCUUUGGCUACAACUGAGAAGGGAUACAUCGCUGUUGCCAGCAACAAGGGAGAUAUUCGUUUGUUUGACCGCCUAGGAAUUCGGGCCAAGACACAACUCCCUGCUCUAGGUGACCCUAUCGUCGGAAUGGACGUGUCUGCUGAUGGUCGCUGGAUUUUGGGUACAACUAAGAACUACAUUUUGCUGGUUGAUGCCCAACAAAAGGGUGGAAAGAACGAUGGCAAGCUUGGCUUUGAGAAAGGCUUCGCGGCCGACUCCAAGCCUCGUCCUCGCCGUCUAGCUCUGACACCAGAGCACGUUGCCCAGGUGUACCAUGAAACUGGAAAGCCUGUGUCGUUUACCCCAGCCAAGUUCAACGCCGGAGAGGGCGCUGAGGAGACGAGCAUCAUUACAGCCACGGGACCAUACAUUGUUGAGUGGAAUCUCAAGAAGCUUCUCCGCGGUGUCAAGGCUCCGUACAAGAUCAAGCGUUACCAGGAUGAAGUAAAGGCCGACGACUUCAAGUUUGGAUCUGACAAGAACGUCAUUGUCGCGCUGCCCAAUGAAGUCAACAUGGUCGCGAAGCAGAGUCUGCGCAAGGCGACGCGCGAGAGUAUCAUGGGUGACCUGCGAUUGAGCGGUGGUCGACGCAGUUCAGGACGCAUCGGUAAUAACCAGAGCGGGAGAUACAAGUUGGGAAGAGACGAUAUUGUGAAUUCGCCAUAUUAA